AUGAAGGUCGCCGGAUUCCUCUGGCUGAGCCUUCUCGGCGCCUCUGUCGCAACUGGCGAGACCCAUGGAAUAGUGAAAAGAAGCACUGUGAGCGAGAUAUUGACUGAUAUUGAAAAUGCUGCGACCUGCGCUGCUUGUGAGUCGUUGUUGGUUGUCCUACAGACUCUGGCCCAUCUUGGCAAUGAUGACUUUGUGGAUGUGAUAACCCAAGUCUGUAUUCUGGCUGGGGUAGAAGACUCGGACGUUUGCGAGGGUGCCAUCGCUCGCGAAGGCCCUAUAUUGGCGCAUGAUCUUCGCAAUAUGGACAUACCCUCGACUACUGCCGUCCUCUUUUGCACCACAAUCUUCGGCCUCUGUGAUUAUCCGGCUGUCACAGAGUAUACGGUUGACUUUCCUUCGGCCAAACCGACAAACGCAUCUCGCUCAUCGCCCAGUGGGGAAACACCUAUUCAGGUCGUGCACAUCAGUGAUAUCCAUGUUGACCUAUCUUAUGAAACCGGCGCCAGUUAUAACUGCACGAAAAACAUCUGCUGCCGUCCUUACACAACAUCUGAUGCACCCGGCAAUACCAGGUAUCCUGCAGGAGAGUUUGGCGAUCACAGCUGUGACACUCCGCUUAGUCUGGAGGAGAGCAUGUAUGAGGCUAUACAGGAGCUGGUUCCCACCGCAGCAUUCACCAUCUUCACUGGUGACGUUGUAGAAGGCGCCGUGUGGCUGGUCAAUGAGACUGAAGUUACCAACGACCUCAACGAUGCCUACAACACCCGGAUGCCAUCAUACCUCAGUCUCGUUUACGGAGUGGUCGGUAAUCAUGACGCAGCGCCUGUCAAUUCCUUUCCUCCAGCUGACAUCGACACAACAAUUUCAAGCCAAUGGGCGUACGAUACUCUUGCGUCCGACUGGACGCAGUGGAUAGGGUCAACGGCUGCCACCACGGCCAAAGACUACGGCGCGUAUUCCGUGAAGUACGCGGCUGGAAAUCUGCGCAUAAUCUCCUUCAACACCAAUCUGUAUUACAAGGAGAACUUCUGGCUGUACGAAAAGACCAUGGAGACCGAUCCAAGCGGACAGCUUGCCUGGCUCAUAAGUGAGCUCGAUGCUGCGGAGACCGCCGGCGAGCGACCCAUGGGUUCCGGCGAUGCCUUUCACGAUGCAUCAAACUACUUCAAUCAGAUUGUCCAGCGGUAUGACGCGACCAUCGCCGCUUUGUUCUACGGUCACACUCACAAAGAUGAGUUCGAGAUUGCCUACUCCAACUACACAGACCAGAGUGCGCAGUCUGCGACGAUGAUGUCGUAUAUUGCUCCCGCGUUGACUCCGACAUCCGGGAACCCGACCUUUCGCGUCUACUCGGUCGACCCGGUCACCUUUGGCGUGCUGGAUUACACCGUGUACAUUGCCAACAUGUCCAGUUCGACGUACCAGAGCAAGCCUACCUGGCAGAAAUACUACUCCAUCAAGGAGGCAUACGGCUCUCUUCUGAGCCCCCCUGUCAUCGAUAGCACGAGCGAGCUGACUCCUGCUUUCUGGCAUAAUGUCACUGCAUUGUUCGAGAGCGAUGAUAGCGUGUUCCAGGAUUAUAUCGCCCGUAAGAACAGAGGGUGGGAUGUCUCCAGCUGCACUGGCGAUUGCAAGACAUCGGAGAUUUGCCAGCUGCGAGCGGCCGAGGCGCAGUACAAUUGCGUUGAAAUCACCCCCGGUAUCAAUUUCAAGCGCAGAAAACGAGACGAUACGAGCAGCAGCACAAAGACGGAGAGUGCAUGUGGCGGGUCGGUUUUUGGGGCUGUGUUUGCGGACUUCGAGGAGAGCGUAACGGUAUUCAAGACUGCUGCGGGGGAGAAGCUGGGAUCGGCUUUUUGA